AUGGACGAAUCAACGCCAUCCAUCGACAAGUCUCAAUGUCAACUCUACGAGCUCGUUCAAUAUCAAUGCGAAGUGACAUCCACCCAUAUAGAAUGCAACCCCUUUGUGCGAGUGUUUCUACGAUGUGCAGGGAAGCCAACAACAGAAGUGACGCCAGAGUACGAUUACAAUGGGGACCCAGUAACCAAUGUUUUGCCCGACUUUGGAGCUGUGGGAUCCAAGAAAUCACCUCCCGGCGUGGUCAUGAUGGAUGACAACAAGCACCCAUAA